AAAAAAUAACUAACUACACAAAUACUUAAAAACAAAAAAACUUAUCUUAAAUAAAAAGUAGAAAUGAUUCCUAUGCAAGAUACAAAUAAUUAGGUUGUUCCUCUCUAAAAUGUCUAGUAAUAGCAAGCAAAUUAUGAAUACUAGUAAAAACUUUAAAAAAUCUAAAGCUAAUAACAAGCCACUGUAUUAUCAAAGGUAUAAUUCGAUGUUCCUUAGAACUGGACUUCUGAAACUACUUACCUCAAAUUCACUGAAAGCUUCCUCUGCUAUGGUAAAUCCACCACAUUUGUUGAAACUUAAAGCUUUGGAAGAAUCGAAAUUUACAGAGAAAAAGGAUGCAAACUCGCUUGCUUUAACCCUAAGAGCUGUUGUUUAUGCUAUGAACACUCCGAAAUUCCUUACAUGUUCUAAAAUCUACCCAGCGAAGGUUGUCCCAUUCAAAUUGAAAUGUGUUGCAAGAAAACCGCUAUGAUUAGAUACAAAGGAGUUAUCCUUGGUAAGGUUGAACAUCUUAUUUCUGGAAGUUGUGCAAGUACCCCAAGAUUCAUAGUUAAGCAUGCAGAUUAGACUAGACCCCCAAUGGUUUUGUAACCCGUUGUUUCAUGUGCUAACAGACUUGAUGUUAUCUUGAACUAUGCUUGCAAAUUCCCCAAAAAGAUUGAUGUAGUUAGAGAUGGCAUUCCAAUCACUUAAAUUAUUAACUCCCAUGUUGCUAAUAGUAUGUGUACUAUGCCUUGGAAUGAAUAAAAUGCCUUCUACGCAAAGGGCGAUAUCACAUUCGAAUCUUCUAUGAAGGAUGAUGAAAAGAUCUUAUUAGUUUGUGGUUGGAUCAUCUAAUAGGCUUUUAUGUCUAAACUUCUUUGA